AUGGCAGCACUUAAUCAAGCGCUCGUGUUGGCCCUCGAAAGCAAUCCAAAGGAGUCAUACGUGGUGGCAGCGGAAACACUUUUGCGUCUGCUGGACAACAUUAUACGCGAGCCGCAAAACGCCAAGUACCGUACAGUGCGAAUAGACAAUCAAUCGAUUAGAGAGAAGCUGCUGUCGGUCAAUGGUAUGAAGCAGUUGAUGUUAGCCAUCGGAUUCAUCGAAGCGGACGGAACGCUCACCGUACCGUCGAACGUGCUGCUGGCAAAUCUACGAAGGUACCGCGAAUUUAUACACGAACGCAAAGAGCUGGUUAAAAAUCCUGCUAAGGAGAAGAACAUCAACAUCGCACCCAGCAUUACGUGUAGCCGCAGCACUACUACUACAGCAACGAACAUUCCACUGGAACAGACGGCGCCGAAAAGUAAACCUGAAAUGGUUUUACAACCAUCCGGAAGUAAUGCGACCGGCCAGCAGCAGCAACGACAAACAGAAGCACCUUGCGUGAUUAAGUCUAGUCGACCGUUUCUGGCACGAAUUGAAUUCCCGAGGGUCGUUCAAGGUACUAAUACGUUGCUACGCCAACUUGAGCUUCUUUCCGACCAGGUAAUGCAGUACGAGGACGAGCUGCUUUUAGCUAGCGGGAAGAACCUCAUUCCAAUCGAUACGCUUACGACCAAGGCGAAGAGUAAACUGUCCCAAUGGAAACGAUUACUAGGAUCUAGCGCUGCUAGUCCAGACCAGAAGGAACCGAGUGAAGAAGAUCUACUUCUCGAGGAGCUAACUGCUUGGUUUCGGUCGGACUUUUUCACCUGGGUAAAUGCGUUGCCGUGUACGGUGUGUGGCAACGAGAAGACACAACUAGUCCGCAGCACCGUCGAGGACGAAGUGCGUGUAGAAGUUUAUCAAUGCUCCUGUGGACAGUUACGUCACUUUUAUCGCUACAACGAUGUAGAAAAGUUGCUUCAAACCCGUCGUGGCCGAUGUGGCGAGUGGGCCAACUGCUUUACAUUCCUGUGUCGCUGUCUUGGAUACGAUGCAAGAUACGUGUUUUCCACCGGUGACCACGUUUGGACGGAGGUUUGGUCCGAACGGAGACAGCGGUGGAUCCACGUGGAUCCGUGUGAGAAUGUGCUCGAUGCACCGCUUAUGUACGAGCAUGGUUGGAGGAAGGAAAUUACGUACGUGUUCGGAUUCGCUCGCGAUGAUGUGCAGGAUGUUAGCUGGCGUUAUUCGAACAAUCACAAGCAACUGUUGCAACGAAGAAGGGAAAUAGGUGUGUGUAGUGAGCAGGCUCUUUUGGACGCGAUCGGCAAACUGAGAACAAAACGACGAACCGGAAUGAACUGUACACCGGAAAGGGUGACAUUUUUGCGGCAACGCACAGUUGAUGAAUGUCUCGAGCUGCUAGGGAAUGGUGGUAGAGUACCAACGGCUGCAGAGCGUGAGGGUCGUAGCUCCGGAAGUCUCGAGUGGCGGUUACAGCGGGGCGAACAGCAAAUCAAUACACGGUACAUGUUCAUUCCAACGGAAGAGGAGGUCCAAGCGAAACAGUUCAACAUUCGUUAUUGCUGUGCAACGGAUUGCUAUGAGCGAUUUUUAAAGGGUGCUAGCAAUCGGGUAAAUGAAAAGAUUACGGAGAAAUCAAACGGCUGGGAAAGUCGGCAGUACGUUAGUCGUAACAUAUUCCGGAAAGAGGAACAUGAUUGGAAAAUGGUUUAUCUGGCUAGAACUGAGGGAACUGACGAAGCAACGAUCGAGUGGAAUUUUGACUUUUCCAUACAAGGAUUGCGUGUGAAACAAAUCGAGCUGCGGUUCGGUCAAGAAACAUACGACGGAGCAAAGGUAGAGCUCUACUACAUCAAGAGCGAUGGCACCCAAUCGCAGGCUCUCUCUUCUCUCUGUGAAUGCGGUAAGUUCACCCUGCAGGCACGCCUUUCCGGGGGCAAAUCGUGGCAGCAUGCGCAACUGUUUCGACAAUCUAAGUCGGCUAGCGAUGAGUAUCCGUUCGAGAUGAACAUCGUUUUAAUGUAGGAGCGUUACCCUUACCAUUUUCUGCCACCUGCUAAGAAGAAACUAGCAAAAUAGGCACGCUGACUUUAGAAGUAUGACGUAUCGAAUGCAAUAUACAGAUUUUUAGAAUUUAGUGUGAUAAAAUGCACCUACGUACGCAUCGUGAAUCCCCUUUUUCCACGAUCGGUUCAACUAGUCUCACCUUAUACACGAACGCCGCCCGUUUGGCGUUCACUCUUCGACGCAGUAAUAAAAGAAUUUACUCAAACACUUUACUUCAUCAAUGAUAUGGAA